UAAAGUCUUGAGUUUCGCGCCAAUCUUGGUCGGGCUUCUGAGAGGCGCGAGUGAGCUGGGUGGUUUUUGCUGGUGCCACCAUGGUUCGUACGCUGAACUGCAUCGUCGCUGUGUCCCAGAACAUGGGCAUUGGCAAGAACGGGGACCUGCCCUGGCCCCCACUCAGGAAUGAAUUCAGGUAUUUCCAGAAAAUGACCACCACCUCUUCAGUAGAAGGCAAACAGAAUCUGGUGAUUAUGGGCAGGAAGACCUGGUUCUCCAUUCCCGAGAAGAGUCGACCUUUAAAGGACAGAAUUAAUGUAGUUCUUAGUAGAGAACUCAAGGAACCUCCACAAGGAGCCCAUUUUGUUGCUAAAAGUCUGGAUGAUGCCUUAAAACUUAUUGAACAACCAGAAUUAGCAAAUAAAGUAGACAUGGUUUGGAUAGUGGGAGGCAGUGCUGUUUAUAAGGAAGCCAUGAAUCAACCAGGCCAUCUUAAACUGUUUGUGACAAGGAUCAUGCAGGACUUUGAAAGUGACACAUUUUUUCCAGAAAUUGAUUUGAAGAAAUAUAAACUUCUCCCAGAAUACCCAGGUGUUCUUUCCGAUGUCCAGGAGGAGAAAGGCAUUAAGUACAAAUUUGAAGUAUAUGAAAAGAAUGAUUAAUA